AUGAGGUGUCCAACAAAACGCAUGCUUUUAAGUGUGGUUAUGUCUGUUUUUGAUCCACUUGGUUUCCUGAGCUACUACAUGAUAACGGCAAAGUUACUGAUGCGUGAAGUUUGGAGACACAAUAUACGAUGGGAUGAUGCAUUGCCCGGAGAAUUAAACGAGAUGUGGAAUAAUUGGCGCCAAGAGCUACAAAAUGUCAUCCAUGUUAAAGUGCCUCGAUUUUAUUUUAGAAAUGGUGUUCCUUCUCGCCUGGAACUACAUGUUUUUGUCGACGCUAGUGAAGAUGCAUUUGGUGCCGUGUCAUACUGGAGGUCUAUAAAUGCUGAUAAUAAAAUUGAAGUGACUUUUGUAGCUGCAAAAACUAGAUGUGCUCCUCUGAAAGCAAUGAGUAUUCCUCGGCUCGAACUUCAGGCUGCUGUAUUGGGUACUCGUUUGAUGGGUACAAUUUUGAAGGAACAUUCCAUUAAGGUAUCAAGAAUCGUUUGCUGGAGUGAUUCAACCACCGUAGUUAGUUGGAUUGGAUCUGAAAGCCGAAGAUAUAAACCUUUUGUUGCCCAUAGAAUUACUGAGAUUCUUGAUUCUACUAGCCCAACAGAUUGGAGAUGGCUGCCAACAAAUCUUAAUGUUGCCGAUGAAACUACAAGAAUGAAAAGCCAGGUUAAUUUUUCAGAUGAUUGCCGCUGGUUUACGGGACCUAAAUUUCUAUACGAAUAUGAAGAUGAAUGGCCAAAAACGCAAGAAAUACCUACUUGUAGCCUAGACACUGAAGAACUUCGUCCCAAAUUUGCAUUGCUGGUAAAUACCCCUGUUGUUUUUGAAUUCGAUAGAUUUUCAUCAUAUUUGAAAUUAAAACGUACGAUUGCCUGGGUGUUACGUUUUAUAAAUCGUUGCCAAAAGAAGAUUGGUCCUGAAGAAGGAAAUGGUUUAACUACUGCAGAGUUAAAAAGUGCUGACAUUUGUCUUUGCCGUCAAGCCCAACGAGAACAUUUUAGCCCUGAAAUUGAAAUGAUUAAAAAUGAAGGUACUUUGCUCAAAAGUAGUGAGUUGUAUGCCCUGACUCCAUAUAUGGAUGAAAAUUCAUUACUUCGAGUUUAUGGUCGUGUGGAUGCAGCUAGUUGGUUACCAUUGGAUAUAAGGCGUCCGAUUAUAUUACCGUCGUUUCAUCCUGUCACCGAGUUGUUUGUGUCCCAUGUACACGAAAAAAUGAAACAUCAAAAUUUUGAAGCUACAGUUUGUGAAAUUCGAAGAUCAUUUUGGAUUCCCCGCCUUAGAAAAAUUUUACGUAAGCGUGUUUCUAAUUGUUUUAUUUGCAGAUUUCGUCGUUCAUUGCCGGUGCCACCACUUAUGGGUUCUUUGCCAAAAGACAGAUUGACGCCAUAUAUUCGUCCAUUUUCCUACACUCGUUUGGACUAUUUUGGUCCACUCAUUGUAACCAUUGGUCGUCGCCAUGAAAAACGCUGGGUGGCCUUAUUUACUUGCCUGACCAUAAGAGCCAUUCAUUUGGAAGUCGCUUUUGAUUUGUCAACCGAUGCGUGUAUUCUUGCCAUACGCAAUUUUAUAAAUCGACGUGGCCUGCCUACAAGACUGAGGAGCGAUAAUGGUACAAAUUUUGUUGGUGCUGAUAAAGUUGCCAAGAGGUUCAGUGAAGUAUUUGAUGUGGCUCAAAUUCAAGAUGAACUUACAUCUAAAGGUAUAGAUUGGCAGUUUAAUUGUCCACAUAAUCCUGCAGAAGGUGGUAUAUGGGAACGGAUGGUCCAAUGUGUAAAGCGUGUGUUGCAGUCAACUUUGAAAGAAUCCGCCCCUCGUGAACACACACUGCAAAGUUUCCUGAUUGAAGCGGAAAAUAUUGUGAAUUCCCGUCCGUUGACACACUUGCCGUUGAGCCACGAAGAUGAAGAACCACUAACGCCUAAUCAUUUUUUGUGGGGUUGCCCUAAUACAACACAAACUCCUGCCGGAGCAAAAGACGAACAGCCUGUUGUACUAAAAAAGCAGUGGCGCAUUUCCCGUCAGCUACGUGAUCACUUCUGGAACAGGUGGAUAAAGGAAUAUUUGCCCACGUUGACUAGACGCUCCAAAUGGUGUCAACGUACGAAGCCUAUUGCUAUUGGUGAUUUGGUUCUAAUUUGCGAUCCAGCCGUGUCCCGUAGAGAUUGGAAACGAGGCAGAGUGGAAGAGGUGUUUAAAGGUAGAGAUGGUGUUAUUCGUCGUGCUGAUGUACGUACUAGUACAGGAAUACUAAAGCGACCUGUUUCCAAACUUGCUGUCCUUGAUUUGGAGUAG